UUGCAGCCCAAAUAUAUGACUCAUAAGCCCAAGCCCAUUUGGUUUAGUGUCCCAAAUCCAAGUUCAUUUCCUAAUUUCCCACUACACUCUAGUGCUCCACUGCUCCGCCGUCGCCGCCGUAAGUUCCGUCUUGUUGAAUCAGACCCUAAGAUGUCAAUUUCUUACUCUCCUUGCUUUCAACCGUUGAAAGUGUUCUCUAGAAGUAAUCUUGUUCGUUCAACCGGAGCUUUGACUUUGAAGCGAUGUAAUGUAGUGACAUGUAUGAAGAAAUCAUAUGAAGAUACCUCUCUCGAAGCAAAGGUUGAUUUCUUACUAGAUCAUGUCAAAUGGGACGACAAAGGCCUUGCGGUUGCAAUAGCCCAAAAUGUUGAUACAGGAGCAGUCUUAAUGCAAGGGUUUGCAAACAGAGAGGCUUUGUCAACAACAAUCUCAUCACAUAAAGCAACAUUUUAUAGCCGGUCACGGUCAUCUUUAUGGACAAAGGGAGAGACCUCCAAUAAUUUUAUCAAUGUUUUUGAUGUCUUUCUUGAUUGUGAUCGUGAUUCUAUAAUAUAUCUUGGGAAGCCUGAUGGCCCAACAUGCCACACAGGGUCAGAGACAUGUUAUUACACACCAGUUGAUGAACUCCUGAAAAAUCCAGAGGUUGAGAAAAAUGAGCUGGCUUUGACGACUUUAUAUGCAUUAGAAUCUACAAUCAACCAAAGGAAGGCAGAAACAUCUAGCUCUUCAAAUGGAAAACCCUCGUGGACAAAACGAUUGUUGCUUGAUGACAAAUUGCUUUGCUCCAAAAUUCGAGAGGAGGCUGACGAGUUAUGCCGAACUCUGGAGCAAAAUGAGGCUAAUGGGCGGACAGCCUCAGAGAUGGCAGAUGUCUUGUAUCAUGCCAUGGUUUUACUUUCUCUUAGAGGAGUACAACUCGAGGAAGUUAUGCAGGUCCUUAGACAAAGGUUUUCAAAGUCAGGCAUUGAAGAAAAGAAUAGUCGGAAAUCCUAGGACAUAUGGUAUAGGUAUACAGUUGAAGAAGGUCUCAUUACAAUCAACGAUGGUUCUUUGUUUUCUACAAGAGAGAGAGAGGGGCAUACUCCAGCUCUCUAAUGUUGUUAAGUGAGUUUAUGGUGUGAUGAUAUGAUUAAAAGGAGGAGAUAUUUGAAGUCUCCUAUGUCGAUAUCCUUAUUGAUGUACUUUUGCUGAACUAUGGAAACAUAUAUGAACUAGUUGUCAGUACAGACAGGAAUUGGGCUCACCCAUUGUUAAUUUGUCUCUUUAGUGUGUUAAUCUCUCAUGAUAAUAAAAGAUUUGAUACUCUUUAA